CAUUCCCCCGUUCUCUCUCUCUCUCUCAUCCGGUCUCUCUCUCACCGUUCUCGGCCCAUUCUCCACCCCGGCGCCCCACUCUCUCGCGAGGAGGACGACGAGGCCGGAGAGGAGUUGGUGCCGUGGUGGCGAUAUCUAGGGUUUCCCCUCUCUCGGGCGCUUCCCCUCUCUCCUCGCAUCGUUCCGCUCUGAAACCCACCAAAACCCUAAACCCCACUCGUCCUCGACUCCUCCGUGGUAGUGAAAUCAAAACCUUGAAAGUCCAAGCCAUCUAUUUUCCGCCGACUCCGUUCGCAUGUGAUUAGGUUUUCCUUGCAGGAAUGCUAUCAGGCCAGCGAAUUGUCACUAUUCUUUUAGCAUAAGUUUGAGUAAUUUGUAAGUACAAUCAAGCACGUAGAUAUCUUGUCUUCCGGAUAACAGGUCAGAUCACAAUCAGAACUUUCUCUUGGUAUUUGAAUCGUUUUUCUUAUUGUCUCCAAUUUUCCUCCUACAUUCUUAUCUUUAGUUUUUCUACAGCAAUUAUCAUAAUGAUUAUCACGGCACAAUUUGAAUAGGAUAUCUUUUCUUCUUUUUUGUACUCAUCGCAUUCUCCACUCAUGAGUUCCAACGCCUUCCCUUUAAAUAGCAUGACAACUGCUGCCGCCAAAAGCUUUCACCAAUUACCUUAUGUAUCCUUGCUCCGCCGUUAUAUACCGCAACCUCACAAGAAAUCCUUCCGUUCUGUUACGCCAAUCCACUUGAUGACAUUAACCCGUGAAGAAGAAGAGGUCAGUGAGCAUGUCACAAAAGAAGAACCAAAAAUUAAAUGGGCUGAUGUGGGAUACGCCAUUACGGAGGCCCAGAAACAGGCUAUUUCUGAGCUUUCUCCGAAGAUGUCUAACCGCUGCAAGGCCCUCAUGAAGAGAAUAAUUUGCUUCUCUCCUCAACAUGAAAGUCUUCCUCUUCUCUUGGCUUCUUGGGUAAAAGCCAUGAAGCCUAGAAGGGCUGAUUGGUUGUCCAUUUUGAAAGAAAUGAAGAGGGUUGAAAAUCCGCUCCUUACAAAGGUAAUGGAAUAUGCCCUUUUGGAAGACUCCUUUGAAGCUAACGUCCGUGACUAUACCAAAAUUAUCCACAUUUAUGGAAAGCAUAAUCUCUUGGACAAUGCAGAGAAUGCAUAUCACGCCAUGAAGAGCAGAGGUUUCACAUGCGAUCAAGUCAUCUUAACCGUCCUUAUUGACUUGUACAGUAAAGCUGGAGAUUUUAUCCGGGCCAAGGAGGUCUUUGAGGAAAUCAAAUUGCUCGGCUUUAGUCCGGACAAAAGAGCAUAUGGCUCAAUGGUUAUGGCCUACAUCAGAGCUAAUAUGCUGGAUUGUGCAGAGAAUUUAAUUAAAGAAAUGGAAGCCCAAGAGGUAUAUGCCGGAAAGGAAGUUUACAAGGCACUGCUAAGAGCCUAUUCCACUAUCGGCGAUUCGAAUGGAGCUCAAAGGGUUUUUGAUGCCAUACAAUUUGCGGGAAUAGUCCCGGAUACUAAGCUGUGUGCUCUUCUUGUGAAUGCAUACUGUGUGGCAGGUGAGAGUGAUAAAGCUCGUAGUGUGUUAGAAAAUAUGAGGAGUGCUAGGUUGAAACCAUGCGAUAGAUGCGUUUCUUUGAUGUUAAGUGCUUAUGAGAAUGAGAAUAACCUUGAGACAACACUAGCCUUUUUGAUAGAGUUGGAGGAGGAUGGCAUUAUGAUUGGUGAAGAAGCAUCGCAGGUCCUGGCUCGGUGGUUUCGUAGGCUGGGAGUAGUGGAUAAAGUUGAGGAGGUUUUGAGAGAAUUUUCUGACAAAAAAGUCAAGAGAAAUGCACUGUUCUAGUGUGACCAGAUUGAAAAUGAUGCAAUAUUCUUUCCUUCGCUCUUUUUCAUUGAGGGCUAUUGCCGUGUGAAUACUUGUAAGUGAAAUGGGCUAGUUCAUAAAAGAAAUUCUGUUAUUUGCCUUUCGUCUAUCGUGAAUUGGUCAGACAGUUUUUGUGGAGAGGUGAUGAUGAAGGUUUAGAAUGUUUUUUUUUUUUCCCACUGGUUGCAGACGGCACCGUUUGGAUCAGAAAGGGCUAAAUUUUUAUGGUAAUUUAGUUCAGUGUGGGCACUUUGUCAGACUUGUAAAACCCUAACAUUGGAAGCUGCCAGAUUCAUAACAAUCUGGAACUGACUCGAUCAUGUAUGAGAAGCCUCAGCUGCAUUUUUUUGCUUGCUUGAUUUCAUCAAAUGAUUUCCGAAAUCUCUUGUGAGGUCUCAAGCUGGUUUGUUUCUUAGGACUUAUCGAUGUUUAAAUGAAGGUAAAAGUGCAUACUCACUUGCUCGUCGUGUUUCUGAAUCUGAAUCCUGGCGGAUGACGCAGAAGAGAUGAAUCUGAACGCUGUUGUUCCUGAACGUCGAUUGAUGUCUGAUGAGUUAAUUAUCAGAUUCAAGCGCUUGGACUCGCGCAUUUGCUUCACUGGCAAUUUAGUUCACUGAAAAAGCAUGGAAUUCAUGGUACUCAUCUUUUUACCUGCAGAAGGAAAGGAACAAAAGAAGACUCCCUUUCACAGGAGCAAGUGAGAAUUCUUUUGCUUUUUUAAAUCCAUAUUCCUUUGUACUUGAAUGUGUACACUGUAGGUUCGAUCUGUGCAUAAGUUCAUCUCAAAUCUCGCAAUUGAGUCCCUAACAUCGCUUUGAUCAUUCCUCUCCGGUCAAAAUGACUGUUGAUUCAGAUGAAAAUUGUUACAU